UAGAAAUAUAUACAAAACUAGAAGUAUACUGAAUAACGAAACACUUUCUAUGCUGCAGCAGAUCCAUUGCGUUGUAUUGCAGUCAUAUGCUUCCUAGCCCAUCAAACAAAACUGGAAAUUCAAGUUUCGGACUCUGUCACAGCAAUGUUAGUUGUCGAGCGUGGAUGCAUCUGUAUCAUUCAGUAGUCUCAGCGGCGCACACACGUUGGUAUCGUAACAUACGCAAAGAAGAGCAAUACCUAUUGUAUAUCUCCAGCCUCCCACCCCCUUCCACUAACGGGGCACAAUGUUACAGUCAAUUUGUCUCCGCUUUGACGUUGUGUACAACAAGAUCUAGACUUGUUUAGAGUGGCAUUCCCAGUCGUUAAUCAUACUCUGUGCUACUAACAAAUAAAGGGUCAAGCAGGCUAACUGAUAAUUCACAGUUGCGAUUGACGCGCCACCAAAGACACAUCAUGAGGAGCGUGGUUUUGCUAGUGGUUUUGGCUGGGAUUGUACCUUUGAGUCAUGUCUUAGGACUUGUUCACCAUACUUCCAAGGGUAGGAGGUUUAUUUGUCAUUAUACGACCUGGUCACGCACCAGGCAGGACGAUGGCGCUUUCAAUAUAGAGGAUAUACCAGGAGAACUGUGUUCCCAUGUAGUGUACAAUUUUGUUGGAAUUGAUGAAAAAUCCUUUGAGCUCACAUCACUGCAACCGGAGUAUGAUUUCGGUGAAGAAGGGUUCCGGAAAUUCACUGAAUUGAAGAACAAGUUUCCGAAUCUAAAAUUACUGGCAGCUGUAGGAGGUUGGGGACACGGUGGAGAGAAGUUUAGUAAAAUGACCGAAUUCCGCGAGAGACGAAUGCGGUUCGUUGCGAGUGUGGUGAAGUUUUUACACAAACAUCGAUUUGAUGGUUUGGAAAUAGUGUGGCUGUACCCGGGAAAUUUCGAUCGUGGUGGUAGUGUUACUGAUAAGGAUAACUUUUACUACUUAGUCAGAGAGUUGGCGAAAGCGUUUCGAGAAGCCGGCAAGGAUUGGGAAGUGAGCGUGCAAGCUCCUGCAGACAAAUCACGUAUAGAUGUUGGAUACCAGAUAGAUGCACUGUGCGAAGCCGCUGAUUUCAUCCAUGUUAUUGGUUACGAUUUACGUGGCUGGUGGAAUAACUUCGCAGAUGUACACAGUCCGAUGAAGGAUCGUCCCCACGACGAAGGCAACUUUGUAGGAUUGAACGUCGUCAAUGGGAUCGAACAAUGGCUGCAUGGUGGCUGCCCGGCCAACAAAAUUAUUCUAGGUGUUCCACUCUUCGGUAGAACGUAUCUUCUCAGUAGUCCGGAGGACAAUAGUGUUGGUGCACCAACAAUAGGAGCAGGAUCGGCAGGAGAAUACACCAAUGAAGCUGGUUAUUUAGGCUAUUGUGAAAUUUGUCAAGUACUUCCAAACAUGACUUCACGAUGGGACGACCAGGCGCAGUGCCCUUAUGCGUUCAGCGAUGAAGAAUGGAUCGGGUAUGAAGACGAACGAUCGUUACGAGCAAAAAUUGAUUGGGCAGUUAAGAACCGCCUAGCAGGAAUUUAUGCGUUCUCUUUAGAUCUUGAUGACUACCGGGGACACUGCGGAAAGGCAUUUCCGCUAACUACAUUACUGCACACGUACUAUGCAGAAACUAAAAACGAAUCACUUAUAACGUGGCCCUAAGUAAAUGUCGCGAAAAAACUAUGUGAUGUUAUUUCUAUUCUUAGGUGAAAUUAUGCCUUGCGGCGACCAACAACUGUUUUCGAAAAUAUUUAUUUUCAUUUUCACUAUAAUAUACUUUGGUCGAAAGCGCCAAGCAUAGAAGCAGGUUAGAAUAAUAAAUGUGUUGUUUGGUAUUUAAUUGCAAGAGGACAUUUACAACAGAUGACGAAAAUAAAAACACAGGCAGUAAACUUACAA